AUGACCUCCACCUCACGGAAACGGAAGGCGUCUGACGACGACAUGGAUGAGAUGAGCGUCUCACCCCAGAGCUCUCCUGCCCCCCAUCAGAGACAGCUUGCGAGACCAUCAAAGAAGAGCAGGCUUCCUGAGCCUCCCUCCCGAACACUGCCGCUCCCCCGAUUACUCGAAACCCUCAACAACGAUCAGUUACGGACUGUGCUGCAGAGGAUAUGCGAGCGUCGCUCAGACAUACAAGAGGAGGUCCUCAGCGGCGCUCCACGCCCGUCUGCCGCUUCCACACUCCAAGUCUUGGAGGGUUACCAACAAAAGCUGGCCGAGUCGAUGCCGUACGGCCACUCCAGCUCCGACUACGCAUACUACCGAGUAAAGCAGCCACUGGCCGCUCUGGUCAGCGCCAUCAUGGACUUUACGCCACAAUACCUCCCCCCGAUCGAGAACCAGGCCGAUGUAUCGCUCAUGUACUUGGACGGUGUCACCAAGGUCGCUCAUUCGAUGCCCAACUGGGACAGUCAGACCUACCGGCACCACAAAGAUCAUGUGUACGACGAGAUAAGCAAAGCAUGGACGAUGGUGGUCACGGAGGCGGCAAAGCGUGGUGGCGGAUUUGCCCUCCACAGGGAUGGAUGGGACCAGGUUCUGGCCAAGCACAACGACCAGGCCGGAGGACGGUUGCAACCAGCAGUGACCGCCCUGUCGAGUAAUGUGGGAUGGUCCGGCAGCACGCAGAAUCCGAAUGCCCAGCCUGGUGCCUCCGAACAGAACUCGAUCCUGGACCAGCUCCUGAACGGGUCUUACGGGGCUCCCGUCCGCGUCGGACCCUUCUAG